UUUGGAGAUUUUAAACCCCAAACCUUAUCUCUUCUCAUCCCGUAGCAUCCCUUCUCAUCCACUAUUUCUCCUUCCUCUUCCCCCACAUAUUUAAUCUCUUCUCCACCAUUUUAUCUCCUUCUGCCAAGCUCAUACAUCAACUAAGUUUAAAAUGGCAUCUGAUCGUAGUUGGAUGAAUCACCGGUUUGAUUCGAGUAAAAGAAUAACAAAUGAGUACAAGAUUGGAAUUGAUAAUUUCAUUAAAUUUGCUAUUGCGCGAACUGAUGAUUCAAAGGGGAGAAUAAGAUGCCCAUGUAUAGAAUGUGGGAAUUAUUAUCAUAAAUAUCCCGAUGAUGUGACAUUGGAUUUGUAUCGUCAUGGUAUUAUGCCGGGAUAUACAAUAUGGUAUUUUCACGGGGAGGGUGAUAGAUCACGGGUGAACAUCGGGACGAGUUCAAGAAAUGUUGGUUGCACAGAUGAUUUUUAUGAUGCACGAGAAAUGCUUGACGAUUUUGUGAAUGCAACCGGACAUUUCGAGAAUGAUGAAGAACCGAAUGCAGCAGCAAAAAAUUUUUAUAAGAUGCUUGAUAGUGCUUCUCAACCCAUUUAUCCAGAUAAUACGAGGUUUACAACAUUAUCAUUUGUGAAUAAACUACUCCAGUUUAAACACAAACAUGGUUGUAGUAAUAAAGGUUUUGAUGAGUUACUUCAACUUAUUGGAUCAGUGUUGCCGAAUGAUCACAAUUUGCCCACGAGAUACUAUGAUGUGAAGAAAUUGGUAAGUGGUUUGAACAUGGGAUAUCAAAAAAUUGAUGCUUGUGUGAAUGAUUGCAUGUUGUUCUACAAAGAGGAUAGUGAGAAAAUAUAUUGUGACAUAUGUAAUGAAAGUCGGUACAAAGCUCAAAAAGAUCAUAAGAAAAAGAUGAUCCCUCAAAAGAUCUUAAGAUACUUUCCUCUUACAUUGAGACUACAACGGUUAUUCAUGUCUGAGAAGACUGCAAAGUGUAUGACGUGGCAUCAUGAUAGAGUUGUAGUUGAAGAUCAAUUAAGUCACCCGGCUGAUGGAGAUGAAUGGAAACAAUUUGAUCGUAGAUUUCCUAGAUUUGCAAAGGAAAUACGGAAUGUUAGGAUAGGCCUUGCUAGUGAUGGUUUUGACCCCUUUCGUGAUGCACACGCAAGGGAAUAUACUGUGUGGCCUGUGAUUGUUGUUGUUUAUAAUCUUCCACCAUCCAUGUGCACGAAAGCUCCAUACAUGUUUAUGCCUCUUCUCAUUCCUGGACCGAGUGAUCCAACAAAAGACUUUCAUGUUUAUCUUCGACCACUAAUAGAUGAAUUGAAAAUUUUAUGGCAUACAGGGGUUGAAACAUAUGAUAGGGCAUCACGUUCAAAUUUCAUGAUGAGAGUAGCCUUGAUGUGGACAAUCAACGACUUUCCAGCACUUGGUAUGAUUAGUGGAUGGUCGACCAAGGGCAAGUUGGCAUGUCCAGUAUGCAUGGGAGAAGUAAAAGCAAAGCAACUCAAGUAUGGUGGUAAGCCUACAUUCUAUGGCACAGCUCGAUAUAGAUGUCAUGCAUACUGA